AUGCCAAUUACUCGGCUUCCUCUGACGACUGUACGCCGUCUAGGCUCUUCCGUUGUCAUCGUGACCCCUGUAUCGCUCGUCAAGGAGCUCGUUGACAACUCCAUCGACGCCGGCGCAACUAGCAUCGAAAUCACCGUCUCGGCCAAUGCCGUCGACAAGAUCCAGGUCCGAGAUAAUGGACUUGGUAUCGAUUCCGAAGACUUCGAUGCCCUUGGCCGGCGAUCACACACCAGCAAGCUUCGGACUUUUGAGGAGCUUCAGUCCAAGAGCGGCCAGACGCUUGGGUUCCGUGGCGACGCACUCGCGGGCACAAACAUCAUGUCGAAACUCACCAUCACAACCAGGACGGCCGAGGAUCCUGUUGCGAACCUUCUCACGCUCAAUCCUAAUGGGGGAGGAAUCUUGGCCCAGAAGCCCGUUGCCGGUCCCGUUGGAACGACAGUCGACGCCUCCGAUAUCUUUGCCGGGUUUCCUGUUCGGCGGCAGCAGGCUAUCAAGGAAAGCAAGAGAGCCCACAGCCAGAUCAAGGAAUUGCUUUUCACAUAUGCUCUGACAAGACCUCGGAUCAGACUCUCGUUGAAGAUUCAAAGCAAUCACAAACUCUCUUGGUCUUAUGCUCCCACUGCUGGGGCCGAUGUCAGGGAGGCAGUUCUCCAAGUCUUCGGCAACGAGCUCGUUUCUCAAUGUGUCUAG